ACGGCGGCCACGUUGUCACGCUGAGAAGGCGGAACCAGAGGAACCAGGAAGUUUUCCAUUGACUACUACACGGUUGUAAUGCAGCUCUGAAGACCACAGACAGCGACUUUUUAGAGAUGGCCCAUUUUGAAGAAGUCUGCAAGCAGUCUGAUCUGCACCCUAAACCAGCAGGGUUGGUUUUGCAGUAUGGCACAGCAGGCUUUAGAACCAGUGCCAAUAAGUUGGACCACAUCAUGUUCAGGAUGGGUUUGCUGGCCACACUCCGCUCCAAGAAGACCAAAGCCACCAUUGGAGUCAUGGUGACGGCGUCGCAUAACCCAGAGGAGGACAAUGGUGUGAAGCUUAUUGACCCGAUGGGAGAGAUGUUGACGUCGUCAUGGGAAGACUAUGCCACCCAGCUGGCCAACACCGAGCAAAACGAGCUACUCAAGACUCUGAAGGAUAUCAUAGAGAAGGAGGCCAUUGACAUGAGCCAAGAGGCCAACGUAUAUGUGGGAAAAGAUACCAGGAGGAGCAGUGCUAGUCUUUCCCAGGCAGUGCUGGAUGGAGUCAAAGCCCUUGGUGGUCACUGCAAAGACUACGGUUUGGUGACCACCCCGCAGCUGCAUUACAUGGUUUGCUGCCAGAACACGCAGGGGAAAUACGGAGAGGCAACAGUGGAGGGAUACUACCAUAAACUCAGCCAAGCUUUCUCUCAACUCGCCAAGAAUGCGUCUAAUCGUACGGACGACCAGAAGCACCUUAGUGUUGAUGGCGCUAAUGGCAUCGGGGCCAUAAAGGUACGAGAGAUGGAGAGUCACUUGAGAAAACACAUGCAGCUUUCCGUCUUUAAUGAUGGCAGCAGAGGAAAGCUGAACCACCAGUGCGGAGCCGACUUUGUCAAAGUGCAGCAGAAGCUUCCAACAGGCAUCAAGAUCAACCCUGGAGAUCGUUGUUGUUCCUUCGAUGGCGAUGCCGACCGUAUAGUUUAUUAUUACACCGACUCUCAGGGUGACUUUCACCUCCUUGAUGGAGACAAGAUAGCUACUCUCAUCAGCACCUUUCUGAAAGAACUCCUUAAUGAGGCUGGUCUUGAUCUGAAGAUAGCAGUGGUGCAAACUGCUUAUGCAAAUGGCAGCUCAACUCACUACCUGGAGAACACCAUGAAGGUAAUCGUAAAGUGUACUAAGACUGGAGUGAAGCAUCUACAUCACGCUGCUCAAGAAUUUGAUAUAGGUGUCUACUUUGAGGCAAACGGCCAUGGGACAGUGUUGUUCAGUGAUGGAGCUGAAGAGAAAAUCCAGCAACUCGCCAGUGACACCAACACCAAUGAUGAGAGGAAAAAAGCCGCUUUCCUGCUGCAGAAUACCAUCAACAUCAUCAACCAGACUGUCGGAGAUGCCAUUUCUGACAUGUUGCUGAUUGAAGCCAUACUGGCCAUUAAAGGGAUGAGUGUUCAGCACUGGGACGCCAUCUACAGCGACCUGCCGAACAGGCAGCUUAAAGUUAAGGUCUCCGACCGCAGAGUGAUAGACACCACCGACGCAGAGAGGCGGGCCGUGACCCCAGCAGGGCUGCAGGAGGCCAUCGACGACUUGGUGAAGAAGUAUGAGAAGGCCCGCUCCUUUGUGAGGCCCUCUGGUACCGAGGAUGUGGUGAGAGUUUAUGCAGAGGCAGACACCCAGGAAAGCGCGGAUGCUCUGGCUCAUGAAGUCAGCCUUGCAGUGUACGGCCUGGCAGGGGGAGUCGGCGAUGAACCCAAACCUUUGCAUUAGAGGCAAACUCACACACUGUCGCCAAAUCAACAUUUUGAAGUUAAAUCUCGGUUGAUUAUCACUUUCUAAACCAGAUAAAUACAUCUCUUUCCCAGGGUGGUGCUAUUAUGUCGUACUGUUUAACUGCACUUUCUACUCUUUCUUCAUAACUGUUAAAAUAAUUAUGCACAGCAUGGAAAGUAUCAUGUACUGAGGUAGAUAUCAAGGUUGCACUACAUUGUAUAUAUGGACAGCAUGGUUAACCCAUCAAUUGUUUCAACUUAUUUCUGAGGCUUAAACAUGUUUGAAUCAGGUGUCAAAACAAAUAGAAAGUUUACACGUCACUUGAAAUUCCACAGUUUUUCAUAAUAAAUUAGAAAUAA